CUUGUAGUCUGCACCAACAUAUCACCUCACUCAAGUCUAUUCGCAUUCUUUCAACCCUUGCCAUUCAAAGUCAUCCUCCACAGUACACUUCUUCGUCUAUCAAAGACACAUCAUUGGAGUUGUCCCAUUGCUAGGCAUUCAGAUCCCAGGUCCAGGUUUCAGGCUACGCGCCUACUCCAAUCCAAACACCCGCCGUCCAGCCGAUUACGCUCCAUUGACCCCGCGCCAGCCACAGGGUCAACCAGCCCUGUUGCUCUCCGCCUCACGAUCCAGCGAAAGAGUACAUGCUCCGAGUGCUCGUUUCCGAGUUGUCACUUCGGUUGCAGAUAGAGCUUCUUUGUUGAGGGCACCCACCUCGCUGCCCUCGACCGAGCCUCCUUCAUCCCUUGAAUGCCAGCUUACAACAAGGCCACCUCCUCAAACCUCAAAAGGACAGACCCCUACCCUCAGCCCGCGGACGAAUCGGACAGUCAAAGCAUAGUGGCAGACCAAGAUUCCUCUUCAAGAGCUGGGAAGCGGAAGAUCAAGAAUGCUGUCAAAUCCCCAUCAGUCAACCAUCUUGACCAUGCAGACAAGCCCUCCACCGCCGAUCAAAUGGGCCCCUCGAAUACCUCGAUCCUCGGGCAGCUGCAGCAGGGAUUCUCUCAGUCCCGGAAGACUCCAGGCCAAGAUGCCCUGAACGAUAUGAAUUCGACUCAAAAAGUCUCAGAUGAAUCUACUCCUCCCCUCGAUGUCUGGGGCAGAUCCGCUGCCGUGAGCAGGAGCCCCCCAGCCGACACCAUUCCCGGCCUCAAUAUAUCCGGUUCACCUCGAGUGGAACCUGGCUUCAGUGGCAGAGGGCCUUUUGCAUCAAGGAGUCCUCCCAUUUCUCCACCUUUGAGGAAAGCCAGACCUGUAAGCUAUGGGAGUAGUAUUCCUCCCAUGCCAUCCCAUCCACGCAUGUCUACCUCGCCCUAUGGCUACGCCCAAGGAGCCUAUGGAUCUCCCCCUGUACCUCCUCACCUCCCUCAACAGCACUUUUAUGGUCCCCACGAUGUUGACCUGAAUCUUCCAGCCUCUGAAGCCCGUACAAGAUUUCAACAUCCUACACCACUUAAACUUUCAUACCUCGCGGGACCCGGACAAGAAUGCACCAACCUGGUCUUUCUCGCCGUUGACAAUGGCCUCAGCAUUCUGAGCUCCAAUGGUGAGAGGCUAGAACAGAUUGGCGCUCUUCACGGAAUGCCAGGCACUGUUCUGGAUGCUUGUAUCUUGACCUGGAGUGCCGGCAAUGAUCCUCUGGCAGAGUAUCGCCCACUGGUCGCUGUUACACUUCAUGGCACGACCUCUUUGACACACGACUCACCCACUGCACAUGAGCAACCACACCCCAGAGCCAGGGAUGAGGUCUACGAGACUCGAGUUGUUGUCUAUUCUCUGACCAAACGAUGCCUCGUCACUGAGCUCUUGAGGGCACCUUCACCUGCCACCAUAUAUUUCGGCAAUCAACCUUCAGCUGCGAACCUAAAGCUCGGUGCCAGUGGAAAUUUCUUUACAAUAACUUCGGGCGCAAGUGGCGAAAUAUUUGUGUUUGGAAUCCGCAACAGCAAAGAUGGAGCAGUUUUUGAGUGUUUGGCCAAGUACUGGUCGUCUCUUCAACCCCACAUGCAAAGAAGGGAAUCUUCCCAUGGUCGAACCCCAGACCCUGAUGUAUCACCCGCCGAUCUGGGUCGUGGGCCCGAAAGUGAGGAUGCUACUAUUAUGAGCCUCAAUGGAAGAUGGUUAGCCUUUGCCCCUGCCAGCACUCCAUCACCUCCGUCUAUUGGGGCCGUCCUCGGCGAUUUUGUGGCCCAAAACAAGAACUCCCUCGUGGCUGCUGCGGUCGCUCCUCCAAGACCUCAAGUCAAUUGCGAAGUGGACUCUCCGGAUGCUGAGACCUUCUUCAGCAAGGUUGCAAAAGGCUUUGCUCAAGAAGCUGUAAAAAGCGCCAAAUGGAUCGGUGAGAAGGGGAUGCAGACCUGGCAAAACUACUGGAAGAAGGAAACAAGUCCAAGCAUUUCUGCCUCAAAUGCCUCCACACCGCCUGUGUUUUCGCCACAGCUUGGUGUUACUCAAUUUCCACCCACACAUGCUAGUGAUUCCCCCGGUCUCACAAGAGACCUCGAGGUAGUCACCAUCAUUGACCUGAGAUCGUUGCAGGAGAACUUGGGCAGACGCACUCCGGAAUCUUGUUCAGUCGCCACUUUCCGGCCUCCUGGCGGUUGCAGUUUCCUGUCAUUUGCCCCCAAUGGUCUCAGUCUCAUGACCGCGAACAGAAAAGGCGAUGUACAGUACAUCUGGGACCUCUUGCAGAUCAAGUAUGUCAGAUCUCCAUAUUCGCCGGCCAACGAAGAAACCGGGCGUGUUCGUCAAAUCGCCCGAUAUGAACGAUUAAGUCCCUCUACCAUCGUCGACGUCGUGUGGGACGGUCCAAAUGGUCAUCGCUUUGCCUUGCUGACCAGAAAUCGAACGAUCCAUGUCUUCGAUUUACCCAAAGCUGCCUUUCAAUGGCCUCCUCCCCGAGCAAAAAAACAUCGUCCAAUGUCUGUCCCGGUGGACAGUUCACCUUUGAGACCAGAUGCUGAGCUUUCUCCACAAGGUGGAUUCCUGGCCUCGGCCAGAAACUUUGCCGGCCGGACGCAACCGAUGCUGGCAACUCUGCGGGGAAGAGCGCCUAGUGUGACGAGCGGCAUCUCUGGUAUUGGCGCCUCUGGAAUAGGCCUGGCUUCCACCACGGGUAUCAAAGGUGGCAGAGCGGUAGCAGCUGGACUUAGUAAGUCUCUGGGUGCAGCCUCUGAAACCGUCACCAGCAUUCGCCAUGCGAACCAAAGCAGACUCCACCUCAAGACAGUGGCUCGUCCAGGAAUGCUCAUCUGGCAACAGAGAGACGGCAGGUCAGUACUGUCUGUCAUUGAUGCCACUACCAUAAAAAUUUAUUACGUACGCAUGACCAAGCCACGUGAGAAUCGCGAGCGAGAGACGGUCUCAGUAUUCGAUGCCCGAAAACCUGUUGGUAUCAAGCUACCGAAAGUCGGCGAGUUAUUAUCGGAGCUUGAGAGAAGAGGCGAGACCAACGGUCAAGGCGAAAGCCCAACCGAUGAACAAGGCGAUUCGAUACUGGCAAUGUGGAAAACCCGAACAACCAAAGAAUCCAGCCUGCGCAUGCCCCAUCCACUUGCAUCAGCUGAGAUUGAGACAAAUGCGCCCUUUCAACCGUUCCACUCAGACUAUAGGGUCAGUGUUUCAAUUCUGCCGGACGCCCAAACAUUACAGUCAGGGGAUAGCUCGGCUUCUCAGAACAACUCUCCCUGGGUUUUCGGUGCAGAAUUGUUCACUUCACGCAUGGCAACCUCCAACCCAGCACCUAUUGGAGAUGACAACGGUUCUGUUAUCUACCGGAAGACUACUUUGGCAGUAACAGGGAACUUGCCGGUGACCGAAUUUCUAGAUAUCGCAGACGAAGGGGUGACUCACAUUGUUAGUAGCACUAAGAAAAAGAAAAAGAAGUCGAAGACUCAACCCACAUUGCUCGACGAAGACGACAAGGGCGAUUCCGAUUUGACCUUUUCAAAACACGAUCGGGGACUUGAGUUUGAUAUUGAGCAGACACGAGAAGAUGGCCGCUAAAGAUUUACUUGCUUUCGAACCAAGACCGUGAUGCUGCAGGGAUUGAUGUUGGCUUUUGUUUCUGCGACAAAGUGGUGCGGUCAUGCGGUCAGUAUAGGAGGUGAUGUCGCCUCUCAUUGUUUAAGGUUCGGAUGCAUGCGUCUUCUUAGAUAUCGAGGUUGGAUGAAGCAAACGGCUAUCCGACAUGACUGGGCUACUUCAUCUGUCGUUUUCCAUCCUGAAAGGAUGACCCUGGCGCAGGGGUCAGGCUCCUCGCCCGUUAAGAGCUAAGCAGGCCACUUUCACAUAGCAGUAACCAGGAUUGUGCACCCCAACUGUUCAGGUACCAAUAUCGCUUGCCACUGGUGCAGG